GCUGAUUCUUCAAGGUCCCACAGCCACAUGGCAGACGCCAGAAGCAACCGCAGUCACCACAUCGUCUUCGUUCACGGCGCCUCCCACGGCGCCUGGUGUUGGUACAAGCUCAUCUCCCUUCUCCGCUCCGCCGGGCACCGAGUCACGGCGCUUGAUCUCGCCGCUUCCGGCAUCGACGAGCGCCGCUUCUCCGACCUCAGGAACUUCGCCGACUACAACCAGCCCCUGAUCGACCUCCUGGCCGCGCUACCCCAGGGCGAGCGCGUCGUCCUCGUCGGCCACAGCCUUGGGGGUCUCAACAUCGCCUUCGCCAUGGACAGGUUCCCACACAAGGUCGCCGUCGGCGUCUUCGUCACUGCCUUCUUGCCCGACACCGUUCAUCCUCCCUCGUUCGUCUAUAACAAGGCCCACCUGGAAGAUCCGACCUUGCCGCUUUGGUUGGAUACCCAAUUCGGCACGGUCGGGGACAAGGAGAACGGCCCUCUGUCGAUGGUGUUAGGCCCUAAGUUCGUGUCCCACCUUUACAAUCGCUCACCGCCGGAGGAUUUUGCCUUGGCCAUGACGCUUUUGAGGCCGUCUUCCCUGUUCGCGAAGGAACUGGACUCGUUGUCGCCGCUCUCGGCGUCGGGGUAUGGUUCGGUGGCUAAGGUGUUCGUCGUGUGCGAGAAGGACGAGGGGCUGCAGGCGAGCUUCCAGCGGUGGAUGAUCGAGAACUACCCGUUGAACGAGGUGAGGGUGAUCGAAGAGGCCGACCACAUGGCGAUGAUGUCGACGCCGGAGAAGCUGAGCCAGUUCAUCUCGGAGAUCGGCGACGAGUACGCUAGCUUCAGAAAUGAAUAAUACCAUAAAAGCUAGUUCAGAUCUUCUGUCCCUAUUUUUAUAUGUCCCGUGUCUCAUUGUCAAUCGGAUGGAUCAGAUUAAAUAUUAAGAUAUCAUGAUAUCUUUAAAAUAUAUGCAAUAUCCUCGUGAUGUGCAAAGCAUCUUUGAGAUUUAAUCUGAUCCGUCCGAUCAACAAUAAGACACGGGAACAAAGAAAAAUGAGGACAAAGGAUCUGAAGUGCAUAAAAGCAGGUGUUGCAAUCUAAACUAAUAAAUAAAAUCACCUUUUACUGUUUUUGUUUUAUUUUAUAUAUAUAUAUAUAAAGUGUGUAAUUUAAAUAUUAAAUAAAUUGCCCUAGAGUUUAUUCAAA